CGGCGGCGGCGGCGGCAGAGGCUGCGGCGGCGACUGUGGCAGAGGCGGUGGCGGAGGCCUCCGUGGCGGAGGCGGAAGCAGAGUUGGAGGCUGAGGUGGAGGCCGAGGCCUCAGUAGAGGAGGCAGUGGCGGAGGCCACCCUGGGGGAGGCAGCGACCCCCCUGACGGGGGAGGAGGCGGAGGCCGCCUUGGCGGCAGCGGCCGUGUCGGUGGCAGAGGCCAGUGCGGCCGAAGCCGCCGCCGCCGCAGAGGCUGCGGCGCCCCCCUUGGGGGAGGCGGAUGCGGAUGCGGAGGUGGCAGCGGCGGUGGCAGCGGCGGCGGCGGCGGCAGCGGCAGCGGCGGCAGCGGCUGUCGCCGCGGAUGCAGAUGCAGAUGCGAGUGUGGGCUCCGAGAGGAACCCGGACUUUCCUAUGGCCUCGCUGUACGUGGGCGACCUGCACCCUGAGGUGACAGAGGCAAUGCUGUACGAGAAGUUCAGCCCGGCCGGGCCCAUCCUCUCCAUCCGCAUUUGCAGGGACAAGAUCACCCGCCGUUCCUUGGGCUACGCGUAUGUCAACUACCAGCAACCGGUGGACGCCAAGCGGGCCCUGGAGACCCUGAACUUUGAUGUCAUCAAGGGCAGGCCGGUGCGCAUCAUGUGGUCCCAGCGGGACCCCUCGCUCCGCAAGAGCGGGGUGGGCAACGUCUUCAUCAAGAACCUGGGCAAGACCAUCGACAACAAGGCGCUGUACAACAUCUUCUCGGCGUUCGGCAACAUCCUCUCCUGCAAAGUGGCCUGCGACGAAAAGGGGCCCAAGGGCUACGGGUUCGUGCACUUCCAGAAGCAGGAGUCUGCGGAGCGGGCCAUCGAUGCGAUGAAUGGCAUGUUCCUGAACUACCGCAAAAUUUUCGUGGGAAGAUUCAAGUCGCAUAAAGAACGAGAGGCCGAAAGGGGAGCCUGGGCCAGGCAGUCCACUAGUGCUGACGUCAAGGAUUUCGAGGAAGACACCGAUGAGGAGGCUACCUUUCGAUGAAGACAUCCCAGGAGUGAGCCAGCCAGCAGAGCCAAACCUUGGCUCCCACCCGGUUUACAGCCCCACCUUUACCCCCCAACCCACCAGCAGUGUAUUGUAUUGGGAGCGCAGGUCUCUCGCUCUCAAGCUCUCCCUCCCUUCUUCUCUCUCUCUCUUUCUCUGUCUCUCCC